AUGGCUACCACUCCGAUCAACGGCCAUGCCACCAAGUCUCCCUCCUUAGAUGCGGCCGAAGCCCGCCGACUCAAACACAACCAUGCCGAUGUCGUGAUUAUAGGUGCAGGAAUUCUGGGCUGCGCGCUGGCAGUCGCAUUAGGACGACAGGGGCGGAGUGUCAUUCUCCUGGAAGCCUCGCUGAAAGAGCCAGAUCGCAUUGUGGGUGAAUUGUUACAGCCUGGCGGUGUACAAGCUUUGGAGAAGCUUGGUCUCCGCGAUUGUCUGGAGGGCAUAGACUCGAUUCCCGUGGAGGGCUAUUAUGUUUCGUAUUUCAAAGACCCCGUGACAAUCCCCUACCCGAAGCCUACGCCCACGUCGCCCCCGCCGGAGGGCCGCUGCUUUCACCACGGCCGGUUUGUGAUGAAGCUGCGCGAGGCCGCCAUGGCAUGCCCCAACGUCAGUGUUGUUGAGACCAAGGCGACGGACCUGGUCACUUGCUCGCACACCCAGCAGGUUCUCGGUGUCGAGUGCACGUCCAAGGAUAACGUCCGGGCCUGCUACUUUGGCCACCUCACCGUCGUUGCUGACGGCUACGCCUCCAAAUUCCGCAAGCAACAUCACCCGCAUACCCCCAAGGUCCGCUCGAGGUUCUGGGGUCUCGAGCUGAUCGAUACGAAGCUCCCGAAGCCUUACUAUGGGCAUGUUUUGCUGAGCGAUAAUGCCCCGAUCCUCCUGUACCAGAUCGGCACGCACGAGACCCGCAUCCUCGUUGACAUUCCCGAAAACCUCCCAUCAGCGUCCGUCAAGAAUGGUGGUGUGAAGAGCCACAUGCGGAACGUCGUCCUCCCUUCACUUCCUGAAUCCGUACAUCCAGCCUUCAUUGCCGCCUUGGAACAAGGCCAGCUGCGGUCGAUGCCGAACUCCUUCCUCCCCGCCGCCGCGAACAGAACUCCGGGCCUGGUGAUCCUCGGGGAUGCCCUCAACAUGCGACACCCAUUGACAGGAGGCGGAAUGACGGUCGCCUUCAAUGAUGUCGUGACGCUGCGCGAUCUCCUGAGCCCAGAGAAGGUCCCCAAUCUGGGCGACACAAAGCGAGUCAUGAAGCAGCUCUCGACCUUCCACUGGGAGAGGAAGAAGUCGGCCUCCGUCAUCAACAUCCUCGCACAGGCGCUAUAUGCUCUAUUCGCCGCAAAUGACCAAUACCUCCGAGCCCUCCAACGCGGCUGCUUCCGUUACUUCCAACUGGGACUCAUCGACGGCCCCGCAGGCCUCCUCGGCGGCCUCAUUAAAAAACCCUCCGUCCUCUUCGUCCAUUUCUUCUCCGUCGCCCUCCUCUCCCUCUGGGUCCUCCUCUGCGAAUACCCUCCCUACCUCUUCCCCGUCGCCGUCUUCAAAUGCAUCAUGACCUUCUGGACGGCCUGCGUCGUCAUCUUCCCAUACAUGCUAAUUGAAGCCUUCUGCUGA